AUGGCUGACAACAACCCCGGCAACUUCGCGAACCGCCCCAAGGAGGAAGUCCGAGAAGCCGCUCGCAAGGGAGGCCAAUCCAACUCCUCGUCAACCGGCAAUGACAACACCUCCUCCAGCACCUCGACUAGCUCCACUGGCAACACCAACCCCGGUAACUUCGCCAACCGUCCCAAGGAGGAGGUCCAGGAGAUUGCGUCCAAGGGCGGUCAAGCCAGUCACAACUCCGGCUUCGCCAGCAUGGAUCCCGACAAGCAGCGAGAAAUUGCAUCCAAGGGCGGACAGGCUUCCAGCGGUUCCUUCGAGCCAGGCAGUGAGAGAGCAGCCGAGGCGGGCCGCAAGGGUGGUCAGGCCAGCGGUGGUGGUAGCUCCUAG